GAAGUCCCCAUUUGAGGAUGCGGGGCUCAUCUCCGCGUCGAUGGGCACAAAGAGUUAAGAUCCCACGGGCCAGCGGUGGCCAAUCACACCGAGCAAAGUGCAGCCCUUGGCCCCAGCCCAGCAGCAGGUUGCUCUCUGCAGGUAUUAUUUUGUUUGGUUUUCUUUUUUUUUUUUUUUUUUCUCCCGGGGUACCAAGCAGAGAGACGAUGAACCUCGAGACCCGCAGAGGACAGGGUGUGGGAGGAUGCACCCCCGGGCUCCCCAGUGCCACUGACCUGUGCCUCCACCUCACCUCUGCACUGCCAUGGCCACGCUAGAGACGCUGCCCGUUCUUAGUGACCCGACCUACCCCAGCCCGGAGAACUUCCACAGUUUUUCUCCCCUGCCAUCCCAACCCAUCGCCCAGAGCAAAAUGGGAAGCGUGGGCAGCGGCGUCGCCAACGACCAAGAGUUCGCCAUGAAGAGCGUGGGGACCCGGACGCAGAGCAGUGGCCGGCAGACAGAGGGGUCUCGCAAUGGGUAUCCCACCCGGGAAAUCUCUAACCGCUACUCCGGCGAGGAGAAGACAUACAAGUCGGAGAAGGUCUCCAACUCCCUCUACAUCAACGGCGACCUGCGCAAGAGCGAGAAGGUGAAGGUGGACAUCUGUGGGAAUGUGACCACCAACAACGAGAAGAACAUGCCGCCUCCUCCCCAAUACCGAGAGCCCAGUAACCCACCAAAGAUAUUGCCAAUCUCCGGCAAACUAGACCAGAGCAAUGAGCCCUUAGUUAGACCCUCAGCCUUUAAACCAGUAGUUCCUAAAAACUUCCAUUCCAUGCAGAACCUCUGCCCGCCGCAGAGCAACGGAGUGACAGAGAAUAGAAAGAGCUUGAACCAUGCCAACAGCAAUAGCCCGUCCGCACCCAAAAGUGGACUCGACAAGAGCAGCCUUAACAGGACUACAAACCAAGUGGGCGGCCUUUCGGAUUCAGGCCGUAACUCGUUAACGAGCCUGCCUACGUAUGGGACAGGCUACAGCCAGCACGUGGGUCCAAUGAGCGCCUCCACGAGCCACAUCAACCGCAUCGGUACAACCUACGUGGACAAGAACAUCGUGGGAUACAACGGGAUAUCUACCUCAGACAGCGGGCGGUCUUCAAGCAAGAGCACCUCUUCGUUCAACAGACUGAACCAUCUCAACGAAACGAUGCCUUUCCACUCGCCUUCUACAGACGACAUCAUCCAAGACCUGGAAGACCGGCUGUGGGAGAAGGAGCAGGAGGUCCUCCAGAUGCGAAGGAACUUGGACAAAAGUGAGGCAGCCAUCUUCCAAGUGUUUGAGGAGAAGCAGAAGAUCUGGGAGAGGGAAAUGGAGGACCUGAGGCAAAACUAUGCCAACAAAUUGCAACAGGUCUCCAAAAAGGCACAGCGGGCUCAGCAGGCCUUGCAGCUCCAAAUCUUCAAGCUCCAACAAGAGAAAAAAAAACUCCAAGAUGAUAUGGGACAACUCCUCCAGCAACGAGAGGAGCUGGAGAAGAAAUUUGUGGCUUUCAAGAAGGAACAGGCUGAGUUUCUCCCAAAGAUUGAAGAGACCAAGUGGGAGGUGUGCCAGAAGGCAGGGGAGAUCUCCCUGCUCAAGCAGCAGCUGAAGGACUCCCAAGCAGAUGUCUCCCAGAAGCUGAACGAGAUUGUGGGACUGCGGACACAGCUCAAGGAAGGUAAGAACUUCCUACGGGAGAAGGAGGAGCAGAUCCUCACCCUGAAGGACUCCUACAGCUCCAAGAGCGUCAACCUGGAGAUCUGCGAGAGCGAGCUGCAGCGGAAGAUGAGUGAGGUCCAGGUGCUGAGGGAAAAACUGAACCACUGUGAGCUUGAGGUCUCUGGCCUGAAGCGGACACUUGCCACCAUGGGACCUCCAGGACCUUUUGGUGGGGACCUCGGCGAGAAGCUGCGGGAUCCGCUGGCCUGCGAGAGUGACGAAGCCAAGAUGCAACGGCAGAGCGAGGACAGUGUCAACACACUGAGGAAGGAGGUGGAGCGGCUCCAGACGGAGCUGAAGCUGGAGCGGCAGCAGCGGGAGCAGCAGGUGAUGGACUUUGAGGAAGAGCGGCGCACGUGGCAAGAAGAGAAGGAGAAAGUUAUCAAGUACCAGAAGCAGCUGCAACUCAACUACGUGGAGAUGUACCAGAAGAACCAGCUGCUGGAGCACAAGGUGAAUGAGAUGAAUACGAAGGCCACCAGUCCCCCGCACACCGAGGAGAAAAAACCAUGGACUCCCUCCAGACUUGAGCGAAUAGAGUCCACUGAGAUCUGAGGUGGGACCGAGACAAUACAACAUCAUUUUUUAUUGCUGUGCAUGUACUACCUACUCAAGCCAGUGAUCUUCCGAAGGAUAAUACGCUACCGUAGGAGUGGUGUGAGUCUGCUCGCACCAAGCUCCAUCACCCUUACUCUAUACUUCCGUGCUCUGUAGGUAAAAUAACUGUGGAUGUGCGUUGGUUUUCUAUCGAUAAUGCAACAACUCCUUUGGUUUUCUUCCUAGUACAGCUGGUGAGGGUCAAUUGGUUCUUUUGUAAUCUGCCGUGACUGUUACUUCGCUAGAGGCUGCCAUCCCCUCUCCUACAGUUCACCCCUCUCCAGCUGGUUGUUUUGGAGGGUUGUAUUUGGUUUCUCUGGUUUUCCAAGCAUUUACGUGUGGCAAAACAGUUCAAAGUGGCAGGGUUUUUUUCAGGGCAUUUUUAGCCACAUUGGCUAAUGGAGCAAAGCUCUCGGGAUCAUGAGCAAACUCACUGUUCUGCAUCAAGUACCCUGUCUAGACGGUGGUCUUAGCGAAGUCAGUGGGAGGUUGAACAUUGAUUUCAGUGAAACCAGACAUAUCUCCACCGGAUGACUCCCUCUUGCCAGUCCAUGGCUACCGUGGUUGCAAGAGGUUAGGACAUCCUUGAGGAGCAGGAUGAGCCUGUCCUGGUAACAUAAGCCAACAAGGAACGAUUGCCCAGCAGGAGCCUCUCUGGGGGCUUAGCAGAGCUUAACAUAUGAUGCGUUUUCAUUUUGUUGUGGUUUCCUCCUGCAGUUCCACUCCUCUCCUGGGUUGUGACCAACCCUGGGAGCAGAAACAUCCUCCCACCGCUGCCUCGGUCCCCCUAUUCUUACCAUAUUACUCAAACUGGCUACAGCAAGAAAAAAACUUGGAAAUCCAAGCUAUUUUCCCUUCCCAAGAGCCCUCUUACUUCCCAAAGUCAAUGGAAUCAAGGUUUGGAGAAGCCUCCAAACCUGCAGGAUGUUUAUGCAAACUGAAGCUUUAGCAAUUUGCCUCAAGAGUGGGCAACUCUGCUAGCCCAUUCCCAAACGAGUGACGAUCCAGUGCACUCUUUUGGUCCAGGGUCUACUUAACAAAUGGCAUCCGAGCCUCACUCAGGAGUUGCAGUGAGCACAUACAAGCGUUACCGCUAGAUUGGAAUGGGGUGAGCGUUAGCCUUCAGUACAGCCAUUUCAAACAGCACCCACAGCGAUCCCACGUGGCAUCACAUAUUCAAGGGACAGAGAAAACACAGGCCUAGCUUAGGAAAAUAUUCAGCUACUAACUCUGAGCAUGAAAGCAGUCAUAAGAAGGGAAAAUGCUUAAGAUCACGCAAGUGCUUAUGCCCUGGCAGAAUAAUAACCAAAUCCUAUAUGCACACUCACCAGUAAUGGUGCAGGCAUCAAAAACCAGCAUUCAACUCUGAAAGGUGGGCAAGGUGGGUCUGGCUCUCCCUUUCACAGAUAGUUUUUUACCGUGACCCACAGCAAAGAGUAAAAAAUGCUGCAAAGUGGAGUUUGCACUGACUGGGCAGUGGCCAAAGGACCAAUGAAAGUGUGAAUUUCGGCUCUUUGCCCUGGGGAGCAGCUAGAAGAAUGAAGCUAGAAUGAGUACUGGGACAUCUUGGGAUGUCUGUGUGAGGUGACUCCAGAAACAGUUUGGCCAGAUCACGUUUCAUCUGCAUACCAAGGGAGAACCUCGGGGCAUUGAGGGGCUGAAGACCUUCCAAACAAAAGCCCUGAGGCUACUCAUUUUCCAUGUUACUUUCCCCAAAAGCCCCUCCCUCCCCAUCAGCAGGUCUGACAUUUAGUUGGCAUCAAAUGUUGUUGCGGCGAGCUCCAGACUUGAGCAAAAAGGCUGAGCAGGAGAGAGGAUACUUCAGUUAGUCCCACCAACCUCCAGCCAAGGUCAGCAGACAGCAUUGCUGGGCAGGAACUGUUGGUGGCUGGCAGUGAUCCUUGGAGCUGUAGAAAACGGAGACGUGCGAUGAGACCAGGACAUUUCAAGAUCCCAGUUGACGGUACCUGUCUUUUCCCACCGCUUCUGUCUGCGCCUUUGGAGCUGGAGGAAGACACAACUCACCAGUCUGGAAAACACCAGGGCAGCUCAAACUAAGCCCCUCUCCCAGGACCAGCCAUAGAAAGGGGGACUAGGUCAGGUCUGACCCCUGAAGGGUGUGGAGUUGCCUCCCACUAUGAAUCCUGCAGAUGCUCCGGUGCUCUUGGAUGUCAUCCCGCACAUCCCACCGAGGAAGGAGUGCAGCUGCCUGCCAGUGCCACCCAGCAGCAGACUUUGCCAUGCCAAGGGAGUCACCCUCGUGCACUGCAUAAACUUACACUUGGCCAGGCAAAAUCCUAGAGCUUACUCCAUUUCAUACACUGGGCCUUCAAGAUGGAGUCAAACAUCCCACAGUGUCAGGGCUGGAGAUCUGGUGUUCUGUGUCAUCUCAGCUUUCUGUGCCUCUCUUUCAGAAAAACCCAUGCUGUCUUCCUUCGCAAAGCAGUUGGGAGGCAUCUGUGCUUGUGAAGGGUUUUGCAGUCCUUGGGCAAAAGGGCAAAGCAUAGAGAAAUUGCAAGAGGCUUAGUCUCAGAUGGUCGUAUGGUGUUUUUGAGGCCACCACAUGAAAAGCAAACUGAGGAGCAAGUGCCCUCACCAGAAGAUGGGUCUGAUAACCCGGAGGGUCAUUUCCACUUUUCCUCCUUCUGGCCUCACUGAUGUUGAGGUUGGUUUCCCACUAAGCACCGCAGAAACCAGUGUUUCAGUUGGUGGCUCAAGAACACCCAGAGUGAUUGAGUUUCAAGGAUCUGCUGUUGAGGAGGUGUACACUGCAAUUCCCCGCUGCGUUAACGCUCAAGAGGAAUGGACACUGGCAUCACCUUGUGGGACACCUUCUCACCAGAGCUCCUUGCUAAUCCACAGGCAGGAGAAGCAGGGGCUUGUCUGGCCUCCCUACACACCUGGAUCCAGUCAGCAGCAGUCAGCCAAGUCCUCCAGCAUGCCAGGUUUGCUCCAUCACCUUUUCCCUAGAUCUUUUUUGCAGUGGUGCCAGGAGUGAGUGUGUCUUGAUGGACCCAGUGAAACCUGGAGGCAUAUGAGAUUGUCUGACUGCUGGAGGGUGCCGGAAUUGCCAGGGACUCAAUGACCUCACAGUGCAUCCAUAAGGGACUGCAGAGCUCCUUGGGAUGGAGCAGGAGCGUCAAGGAGAGAUUUUUUACCUUGGAGGAGGAAAGGUACACUCCCUUCACCUUCUUCUGCACUGCAUCAACUUUGAUCUAGAGUUUCAGUCCAGAUCCGAGCAACCUUGAUUGUGGCCAAUCCCUGGAUGACAGAGAGCUUUGCAGACACCCAUUAAGAUGCUGUGCUGCUGGUGGUGGUUUUCCCUCUCUCGGGACUUGCCCAGCAUCCCCCAAGCACCCAGCUGUCCUGCAGAAACCACCCCACUAUGUUACGGUGUUAUAAAACACAGAUUUCUUUUGCAAGUGCCCCAACGAAACUGCCACAAAGGAUUCCUGUUCUUCAAAAUUCCUCCCCACAACUGGAUGCACUGCUCCCUCCCCAUCACAUCCACUCCCAUGUGCUAGCACUGUGUGGCUACACGGUGAUAACCAGUCUCUCUUGGAGGUGACUGCCCUUUGCUCAGCAGAGAUGGAGCAAAAUGAUGGUGGGACACCUGGGUUCCUGUUGUUUGUGCUCAGAUCUGGCCCAGGUGGGAGCUCACCUAGCUCUUUCCAGAUCUUAACACUUUUACCCACUGACUGGAUGAAGUCUCCCAUCACAAGCUAGGUCUGUGCUGAGGUGCUGGGGUCUUAGCCUUGGAGUAAGAUAGCCAAGGGAUGUCAGCCUGGUGUUUUGAUGACAUAUCCUGGGAAUGGCCAAGGAGGCUGACAUCUUGUUUCUUGGAGGCUCAGGCAGGGCCAAUAAAAUGUUUCUGUCCCAUGAAACUCAAGACAGAGUUUGGGCUUGACCAUAAACCAGCUGUCUCCACCUUAGUACAGCUAGCUCUGGAGCUGUUAGGAUUCGGCGUGAUAUACUGGCUCGUGUGUAAUUCUCCAAGUACUGCCCUCAAAAUCUUGCACGUGAUUAGUGUCUCUCCUGAAACAAGAAGUCAUCUCUGACUUGUCAUUGGCCAACAGCAAAACCUAUGGUCAUGAGGCUCUCAGGUCAAUUGCCCACACGUGGGGUCCAGAGACAUCAGAGAUGCUCUGGGAUACCUGAUACAUGGGGCUGGCCAGUAUCAUCCAAGACCUAUGGGAGAGGCUGGUCAGUGGUGGGAAGACCUGGAGCACCUCUAGAAGCACAUCACCCACGUGUGAACAACUGAGUCAUGAUCCAGGCAUGUCCACAUGGCCAUUAUUUGAGCAAAUAGAGGACACUAAUAAGCUCCAUCAAUUUCCAUCCAUGAGGAUUUGGGCGAAGAAGGCUACCCUGGUGCCAGGGAAGGUCAUAACAGCCCCUUUUGCCCCUUGCUGUGAGUGCAGUUGCUUUGGUCCACCAUCAUUUUGAGGUUGGUUGCUAUCACUGUAAGAUGCCGACCCAUCCGGGCUAGCUCCCCUCACGCAGCCAGCACUCCUGUCUCACUCUGAGGGUGAAUGCUGCAACCAUUGCAUGUUGUUGUGCUUCACACAGUCCCACUUAGCUUCUGCCACUGCCUCGUGGCAACCGGCUGCACGGUUCCUGCUGUCGCUGGCAUCAUGCCGGAGGGAGAUCACCUCCGGAAUUCCACAUUCAAAGUAGGAAUCAAAUUGUUGCUCUUAUGCUGCUACAUUAUACGGAGACAAGUGUACUUGGAUGUAAAUAACAGCCCAGCUCUGUAUAUACAAUUAUUAAAUGAAGAGAUAAGAAAGCUCUGUGGCUUCUAUAUCGGUGAGUGGGAUCAACAGUAGCAGCCGAUGCUGCAUUUGAGCACUGAGAGCUACACGGAAGGUGCUCAGCACCUCCCAGGAAGGCAAUCCACUUGGGAUUCCAACAGAGCAGCCUGGUGACACUCUGUCCCGUUUCGAUGCUUGCUGUCACACAGAGCCAGGAUUUCCAACUGUCCCCUGGUUAAGGCUAAAGUCCCCUCUGCCCAUCCUUGUGUCCCCCCAAAAUUCCUUGCAGACCGUGGCUCCCAGCAGUGUCCUCCUUGAGCCCUGCUGCCCGCGAGCUCUGUCCAUGGAAAGGACCAACCCACAGUGGCACUUUAUAGCUUGCUCAAGACAGCGAGCUCAUGAGCAACAUGACCAAAGAUCUCUGGAGGGCAUUGGACUGCAUGCUUGGAGCUGCCUCCCAGCUUUUCUGGGAAGGGAUGAGGCUGGUGUGGGCUGGAAAAGGGGAACAAGAGCUGGCAGGGGACAGGAGAGGGCUUGGAUUUCCCUGUGUCCCAACUGGGAACAUCUGCAAGUCCAUGACGGGCCUUUCCUGUCCUAGAUAGGACAGGGUAAAAAGGAGUUCCAGGGUGAGCAGAUUGUCCCCAGUUGGUUACACCAGUAUCCUCCAUGGCUGUGCCAACUAGCUCCACACAUUUCCCAGGGCGAGUGUGAGCCAGGAGCUGUUCCCAGGAGGCAGGAUGGAUGCAAUUCCCCUUUUUUUAAUGGGGAAAAGAGAGCAUGCAUGCUAAGCCAUUACACUUGUCUUUGGGGCGACAAGUCUCCUAUAGUUUAGCAGCAGAUGUUGCUACAAGGUCCAGUCAAGGGCUUGUUCUGGCUCAGUGUGAAUCGGCCAGGACAAUGUGUAUCCUGACAGCUGGUGGUCCUUCUGGCUGCCCCUUUGGUGUCCUUUCCCCAGCUCACCCCAGGUCAUCUUCAGCACCCUCCUUACCAGGGAACCAUCUUCCUAGAUGAAGGCACCAUGGUCUUUGCUUCUGAAGGCAUCUCUGCCCACCUUAGCUCCAUGAAGGCUCCUGAACCUUGGCAAGUGGAGCACAGCCCAGUGGGAGAUCUGUGCUCCUCUGUGCACAGUGCUCCUGUGGAUGGGUGCUCAGGUGGGUCUGGGCCUUGGGCACAUGCCUCUUCACCGUGCCUCUGCUCUCCACCUGUGCUAAGCCUUCUCUACUCCAUUUCUACCAAGACCAUGAAAGCCUCCUGAUGUGCAGUGACAGCCCUCACUUCUGUCUUGGAUGGGAGCAGGUCUGAUUUGCUGUUAUUUGAACCCAACCCUUCGGCCUAAGCCUUGAAAGCUACUUUAUUGGAGUUACUUUUCACCAAGACCCCUUGCUAAAGAUCUGAUCAUCAUGUUGCCUGGGCCCUGCUACUCCUCUGCUCCAGCUCUUCAGACUCUCCUGCCUCCUUUUAGAUCAUCACCAUCCUCACUGUCCCACGAACAGCCAGUGCCUGUCCCAGUACUCUCCCAGAUAUAUCUGAACAAGCCAGAGCUGAAGUCCAAAGCCCCAAGUGAGUGGCGUGUCCCCACCCUGCCCUCAGAGGACAUUUCUAGACUACUGAUUCUCACCUCUCUUCUCUGUCAUUCCCAUGUCAGCUAGAUCUGCUCUGCUUUAGCUCCAAGAGAAAUCUUGUUUCUUGCUAAAAGACAUCCCCAUGGCUUGCACAUCACUUGAGAUCAUUGCAUGGGGCUUCACACCAUCGCAACACCACAUCCAGCCAGCUUUGGGGCUUCCCUGGUCCUUCCACCCUCUGGAAAGACAGCGGGGUGAGGGGUGUAUGAGUAUUCCUGGUCUGUAGGGGCACGCAGCUCCCAUGCCACCUGGUCCCAGUGUAUCGAGGGCUUGGGAUCACAGCCAGCUGCUUGCAGAUGUUGGCUUCCCAAUAGGAUGCUCCAUGCUGGCAGUGCAACUGCUGGCAACAUCAGAAAUGAGCUUCUGCAUUUUCAGGAUAAGCCUCCUCCCUGGUUCUCCCAAUGAAGGGGAUCCUGUCGGGUCUGGAGCCUGGGACAAGCUCUGACACGCAGGGUUGUGCUUUCACGGCUCUUUUGCAGACCUGUUUUCUCAGGCAGAAAGUCUUUGCUUUCUGUCACAAAGCAAUAGGUUUUUCUAGAGAGAUUUAAAAGGGACUAUUCCCAACUCUGAUACCUGCAGGCAAGCCAGCGUUCCCUUGAAUACCUUCAUAGCUCCAACCCUGGGCUCUCUCCUCCCUUCGGAAAGGGAUGUGAGGUCCAGUCUGGCUCUAAAUCAUCACCAGUGGUUUGAGCUUGGUGGUCGCCAUUCAUCUGGAGAGCCCAAAGCUGCCCGUAUCCAGCAGGCCACCAGUCUGUCCCCAGGAGGUGUGGGCCAGUCCCCUCUGGUGCCCAUCCCACAACUGUUACUGGGUCCCCGCAGCAGGUUUUCUCCAUUAGCUCACCCGUGUGGGAGCCGCUGGGUCCCCCGGGAUGUCUGAGCUCACAGAGUCACAUUUGGUGACAGCCAGACACCGGUGGGAGACCACGGCGCUGGCUCUGACGUUCCUGAGAGCCAGGCUGUCCUAGGAGACCUCUCAGAGGAGAAGGUCCCCUUUCUCCACGGGUGGCAUGUGGGUUCCCUUCCAGUGGCUGAAGGGAGCAAAAUGUGUGCGGGCAAAACUCCACCGCCGGUGCAAAAGCGUUCCGCCACCGGUGCAAAAAAAUGCUGCACAACCGGCCAAUGUGUCUAUGCAGUCCCUUUCCACACAGCAGUGUCCCCGCAGAGCCCAGCUCAGGGCUGGAGCUCCUCCAAGGUGUCUUCGUUUGCACUCACUCGGACCUGGUAAAUGCUGUGAGCCAAGAGGAAUCCCUCUUGGUCUUUGCCUUGCACCGGGCAGUACGCUUGUGAGGGUUUCCUCAUGCUAAAUCGAUGCACGUUGCUUAGUCGCCUGUCUUCUGCGUCUGUUCUCCAGCAGAUCAAUAGGUGUCCCCCCCCAAAACCCAGCUCCCCGACGGGAGAACGUCAGGUUGGGCCAGCCGGCGCCCUCGAGCAAGCCUGCUGUCUGAUUUCACCAGCAAUAAAAGCCCCGCAGAGGAGCGGCCGGAGCUCUUCGCUGCUGCUCCACUGCCGGGUGAGCUGCAGGCUGUGUCUGUGUGUAGGACCUCUGCAUUAGACCCUUCGUCCAACGUUUUGGACCCACCCAACUGUAAAUUCGAUCCCAGCCUUGUGCUUUCUUUCCCUUUGUUUGUUUCUUGACGCCUCGAUCUCUCUCUGCUCUUACUGUGAAUUCAAACCAGAAGUGUUCUGAACUCGACUCCGUUACUGUUUUGUUUCUGCGUUGACUGUUGCUGGUUCUCCGAACUGCGUUUAAUGAGACUUUGCAAAAAAAAAAAAAAAAAAAAAAAAAAAAAUUUAAAAAAUUAAAAAAAAAUUAUAUAUAUAUAAAUAUACUUAAAAAAUAAACUAUUUAAAGAACAACUCCAUAAAGUUGGGUGUCUCUCCUGUCCACCAGUCACUUCCAAACACUGUUGUCUUGACUUUGCCUCUGAUCAGUGUAUUUAAAGACAAGAGGUUGAAAGAGAUAAAACGCAGCUUUCUGGGAUUUUUGUACAGCAAAGGUGUAUCCGUUUAGGAAAUUCUCGUUAAAACUACACCACACUUCCCAAUCUACUGCUAGUCUGUUGUAUGUUUCCAUUGGGUUAUCAAGAUGUGAAGAGCUACUGCCUUUGCGAUUUUCUACGGUGAAUAUAUAUAUAUGUACAGAGGUAUGUAUAUAUAUAAAUAUAUAUGAAGAUCUAUAUGUAUACGUAUCUCUCACUCUCCUAUCUCUACCUGACUGUGAAGGAUUUUUAUUGGGCAAAAUAAAAUGGAGAAAGGCCCCCAUUUUAAAAACCCAA